AUGAAGAAUAUCCUGUUGUUGCUGGCUGUGAUAGCUGUGGCCCAGGCAGGCGUGACCUUGACCUUGUCGUCUGCUGACAUUGAAGCGUUCCUGAAGGCUCACAACGACGUGAGGAAUAAUCUGGGCAUCGCGUCUUUGGUAUGGGACAAGAAACUGGCCAAGUUCGCAAAAGACUGGACAUCCAAGUGUGAUUAUAAACACAGCUAUGGAGCUUAUGGGGAGAACUUAUACACAUCUUCACCUCUCAAAAAAAACGCCACUGAUUUGGCUUACAAGAGUGCCGAAGCAUGGGAAUCAGAAGUGAAGUAUGUGGACAACUCUACAUGGGCAUGUAUCACUGGAGAACCUACCUGUGGCCAUUAUUCACAGAUGGUGUGGAGAGAUACAACAUCAGUUGGCUGUGCCAUCACUCAUUGUAAGAAAACUGCUGAUGGUGUAUUGCCCAACUUCGUCUCUUGUAACUAUGACCCACCGUGA